CCUCAGCAGAUCGUAGCAACAAGGCUACUCUACUGCUUACAGUACCCCGUUCCCAUUCAAGUCGUCUGCAAAGGAUUCACCCCCGCCCAUAUGAUGAUUACAAUUCGCGGGCAAACCGCCCAAGCAUUUCCGCUCGAACGGCCCAGCCCACCUGAUUUGGUUCACGAGCAAAGCUCUAUUUCAACACAACUUAUAUGUGCGGGACCAACAUCAUCGUUUCUAGCACGGAUUCUGGCUUAG